UUCUUUCAUAAAAGUCAUAAAAUGUUUGUUCCUCUAAAGUUGUUAAGAGUUUUGGCUUUUGAUACUUCUAUUUUCCUUCAAAGAUUGCCAUUGCAUUUAGGAGAUUUAGUUUUCCUCAGAUACCUAUCCAUAACACAAUGGUUUCAGGAAUUGGAUGAUGUAAUGUCCAAUAAUCCAAAUUUACAAACACUUGUUGUUUCCGGUAAUGGAGCACCAACUAUCCAUUUACCAUCCAAUAUUUGGACGCCACCACACUUAAGGCAUCUUAAAAUUGGAAAUUUGUAUAUGGUAUAUCCUCCCCACGAGGAUAAAAAGAAUUUACAAACAUUAUCUUGGGUGGUGAGACCAAUUCAUUGCAGAAAAGAGGUGUACAACAAGUUCCCUGACAUAAAAGAGCUGAAAAUUUUCCUGAAGGAUGACAUAGAGCCCAGUCACAUUGGAGGAUGUUGUAGGAAUCCUAUAAUUUUGGAUCAUUUUGACUAUUUGAAAGGGCUUGAGAAGCUUAGCAUUUCGGUUUCUAUUCGUUGCAGUGCAGCCCUUCCAGAACAGUGUAUGUACCCUUCAGGAUUGAAGAAGUUGAAGUUGAGUGGGACUAAUAUUUCUGAGAGGGAUUUAAAUGUAAUUGGCAUGUUACCCAGGCUUAUGGUGCUCAAGUUGGAAAAUGCCUUCCAUGGAACAGUAUGGAACACAGUAGCUAAUGGAGGGUUUCCUUUAUUAAUAUUCUUGCUCCUUGAAGCUAAAGAACUCGAGCAAUGGGUAGUUAGCUUUCAUCACUUUCCGAUGCUCAGGCACUUAGUCUUAAGAUCCUGUAAUUGUUUAGAACAGGUGCCAAAGCGUUUUUCAUGGCUGAAGUCAAUUGAGUUGGAGGGGUGUCGCUCUUCCCUUGUGGCUUCUGCCAAGCAGUUACAACAGAUGAGAAGAUCCAUGCAUUUUAAGGAUGAUCUUGAGAUCAAAAUCAUUGGCCCUAAAUAUGAUGACUCACAGAAUACACAUACACAAGUGUCUAUGUAAGAUGACUUAGCCAACCUCAUAGUAAAAUAA